CCUCAUUGUUCUUUUCCGGGUCUGCACUUUGGCCUUGUUGUUUUGAGAUUUGCUUCGAGCUUGCUUUUCUUUGCAUCUCAUCGACUGCACAGCAACCCGUCCUUCUUUCUGUCUCAACUGGCUUCUUAGUUGUUCGAUAUCGAGUUCGUUCGACUUCAAACUGAACCGGAAGCAGACCUGCACUGUAUUGUCUCGAGCUCGCUUUCUGCGUUCCCAUUUCCCUUCUAUCGUGUUACUAAACUCAUCCACGUUGGGCACCAAAACCUUUGUACCUGCACCAGUAUUCAAUCAUGAUUCAGGCGACGGAGAACGGAGAGCGAUAUGAACUCGACAGCCCUACGGCAAUGCCUAAAUCGGGUGCAUUUCUCUGGAAUCAGCGCAUGAUGAUUCAAGUCACCUGUCGUGGUUACGCCACUGCACAGUUCAUGCAACCAGAGCCCGCAAAAUACGCCUACGCCCCGAACCUCGAGGCAAAGACGUUCAUGCAACCCGAGCAAAACUACUACGCGCACCACCCGGGUCGGUUCGUAUACGUUAAAGAUGAAACGACGAAAGAGAUAUUCUCAGCUCCAUAUGAGCCAGUGAGAGCGAAGUUCGAUCGAUUCAACUUCUCCGUUGGGAAAAGUGACAUCAAAUGGACCGUCGAGAAACUUGGCAUCCGCGUUGAAAUGGGCUUUCUGCUACCGACGGAUGAUGUGGCCGAACUAUGGACCAUCAAAGUCACCAAUCUCUCAGGUCGCAAGCGUAGUUUGAGCAUCUAUCCAUACUUUCCAUUCGGCUACAUGUCGUGGAUGAAUCAAGAGGCGGAAUGGAACGAGGAAGUGGGUGGCAUUGUAGGCAGCAGUAAGACGCCCUACCAGAAAGCGGCGGAUUACCCCAAGACAAAAUUUCUGAAAGACAAGACGUACCUUCUUUGUGAGACAACUCCAGUCGCAUGGGAAGCAAAACAAGAAGCUUUUGAAGGCGAAGGAGGGUUACAAGCUCCUUCUGCAUUGAAUGAGGCACAGUUGUCUAAUAACGACGCCCGCUAUGAGACCCCGACAGCAGCUGUCCAAUAUCGGGAUCAGCUGGAAGCGAAGGACAGUAGAGAGUAUCGCUUUAUGUUCGGCCCGGCAUACGACGAACUGGAGAUUCUUGACAUGCGCAAGAAGUACCUCAGUAAGGCCGCUUUUGCUAAAGCGGCCAAUGAUUACGAGGCGUACAUCGAAAAAGGUAACGGCUGCCUCCGCCUCGAUACCCCAGACAAGGACCUGGAUAACUUCGUCAACAACUGGCUACCCCGACAACUGUACUACCAUGGAGAUGUAAACCGACUUACGACCGAUCCGCAAACACGGAACUACCUCCAAGACAACAUGGGCAUGAGUUUCAUUAAGCCUGAAGUCUGCCGCAAGGCUAUUCUUACUGCAGUGGGUCAGCAGGAGAAGAACGGCUCGAUGCCUGACGGGAUUCUACUCGCGAAAGGUGCGGUGUUGAAAUACAUCAAUCAAAUCCCACAUACAGACCACUGCGUUUGGCUGCCCAUCGCUCUGGAGAUCUAUCUUAGCGAGACAGGCGACUAUGGGCUCCUAGAAGAAAAGGUGAAUAGCAUGCAUGGUGACACGUACACGGUCUUCGAGCGCCUCAGCCGAGCGAUGGACUGGCUCCUAUCAUCAGACGCGCGUGAUGAACGCGGUCUGUCUUACAUUGCGCAGGGUGAUUGGUGUGACCCAAUGAACAUGGUUGGGCCCAAGGGAGUGGGUGUAUCGGGAUGGCUAACAGUCGCUACCGCGUACGCCGUAAACCUCUGGGCUACCGUCUGUGAGCAGGUCAAUAGGGCUGACAUUGCAGCGAAGUACCGCGCCGGUGCAGAAGAAGUAAACGAAUCCGCCAACGAGCAUCUCUGGGAUGGCGACUGGUACGCCCGCGGAAUUACGGAUGACAACGUGACUUUCGGCAUCAAAGAUGACAAGGAAGGUCGAAUCUGGCUGAAUCCACAAGCCUGGUCAAUUCUCGGAGGUGCAGCUUCCCCUGAACAAAUCUCGAAGAUGCUGCCACAAGUUGAUGAGCAACUCACAACGCCAUAUGGUGUUGUCAUGUUUGGCCCCCCUUAUACCAGCAUGCGUGAAGAUGUUGGUCGCGUUACUCAAAAGUACCCAGGUCAGGGCGAGAACGGAUCCGUGUACAAUCACGCAGCUGCUUUCUAUGCAUGGGCACUGUAUGGUAUCGGCGAGGUUGACCGCGCGUACUCCACUCUCCGCAAGAUGAUCCCGGGACCCGACGAGGAACAUCUUUUGCGCCGCGGCCAGCUACCGAUCUUUAUCCCAAACUAUUAUCGUGGUGGUUACGGAAUUCCGAACCUUGAUCGCACAGCUGGUAGGAGUUCGCAGCUUUUCAAUACUGGAACAGUAUCCUGGGUAUACAGAUGUUUCAUUGAAGGUCUGUGUGGCCUUAGAGGGGUUAGAGAAGGCUUGGAAGUUGAUCCCAAGAUACCGAGUGCCUGGGAGGACCUGCGAGUCAUACGGAAGUUCAGGAACGCGACGUUUGAGGUAGCCAUCAGGCGCACAGAUACACUGAAUGUGAAGGUUGUAGUCGAUGGAGAGCCACUAGAUGGUAAUAUCAUCGGAAACGUCGAGACAGGAAGGACCUACAAAGUUGAGGUAUCGAUACCAAAAUCAAAAGAGUCGGUGGUUAGUUCGAAAAAGUAGGUUGAAGGAGUCGACGCGUUUGCAUUAAAAAUUUCGGUAAUCAAUAGACAUGGGCGUGCGCAACCGGAACUCAUGCGAGCGAGUGUUAACAGUGAUUAGUCUAUAAGAUGAACUUGGGGAUGACUGUGUUGUCUUCCAUAUUUCAUAACAGGACGAGUGCUAAACAUCCAUCGGCAAUCUUCACUUCAUGCUUGUAGCGCUCGAGAAUAAAGGUAAUACUGAUAGUUAAGACACAAUAAUGAUUAUGAAGAUAACAGCAAUGUGGAUGACUUCAAUCUGGGCGACUGUACCCGGCACUCAGUCCAAGUGUUGGAGCUAUACUGCUUUGAGCUUAGCGUGUGCGUGAUGUAAAAGAUCCAAUAUUAUCUCCCU